CGAGCAAAAAAACCGAAUCUGUCAUAAAGUAAAUCCAAAAUCAUAGGUUAUAUGAGAGUAGCUAGAAAAAUCCGAGUCUGAACCUGAUCUAAUUUUUAAUUGAUACGGAAAGUUACUUUAAGUCUUAAUUACAUAACUUUUUAGAUAUUUCUGUUCUUAUAAAAAAUAGUUUUCUUGUUUAAAAAUCAGAUAUCCUUUGAGUAACUAUGGAGGUUUUAUCAAGGCCUGCGGAAGAAUUCGACAACGAUGCAACUUUGGAACAAUUAUGGGCAGCUAAAGCUAUGGAACAUAACGAUGUAUAUUUUAACGUUAUAUGUUCUGUAGACACAAGAUGGCUACGGCUGACACAACAUGAUGACCUCAUCUACAAUCACUUUAGACAGGACUUCCCUGACAUGGAUGUGAAAUACAUAAAUGAAAAUGUACUAAAAAACAAUGUAAACAAAGCUCGCUGGCGUAUGUUCUGUGAGAAAUUUAAAAACAUUGUUGAAGACUAUAGCUUUGGUACAUUACUCCGCGCGGACACUUAUGGUGAUAAUUCUGAAGAAAAUACAAUUUUAGUACCAAGAGUUCAGUUCUAUGCCAUUGAGAUAGCCAGAAAUAGGGAAGGUUUUAAUAAUGAAGUAAAGAAACGAUGUAAAUGUACCUCCAAAUCUGCAAUAGAAGAUGAAGAACAUGCUCAAGAAGUUGCCGUUUGAAAAUAAUGCUGCAAGUCCUAAGUGUGCCUUUUGUAAUUACUUUGCAAUUUACUAUUUUCUUUUCCAUUUGAUAAAUAAUGGUUAAUAUAAGUUAAUCAAAUGUUAAGUGAUUAUAUCUUAUUUAAUGCCUAUACUUAAAUCUCGAUAAGCAAUAAAAUAUUUAUAGAUAAUGUAUAAGCAAUAGCUUCAAUUGUAUUAUAAAGCAGUUUUUAAGAGGAUUUUUCUCAAUAUUUCUUGCCAUAAAAGUAAUAAAGUCUUCAACAAUCCUAUAUAGAACAAAAUCCUUUAAAUUACGGAACAAAACUAUAAACAGCUGCUAAAAUAAAUCAAUGGAUGAGAUGCUCAAUUACUCAUACAUUUUUUA